UGGAAAUAGAAGUGACCAAAGGAUCUUAACGGUUAGGGACACGUCCUUUUCCUCGAAAUGUGCUGGCUUUAUCUGUUAGCUGUCUCCUAUAAACAGACCGAGCUAGGAAGGUGCCUGUAGGGUGGCAGGUUUAUUUCCAGCCAGGGCACUUCCUGCUCAUUCAGACAGCACAUUGGGAAUGAGGGGAUCUUUAGUAAGCUUGAUGCUCUGGUUUCAUGAGAUUCUUGCGCAUGCGCACUAGCAGGUUUCCGGUGUCUCGUGCGAACAGUAAACACAGAGAGCAGCUGUCAGGAAGUUCCCUUCCAUAACCCGGCGGCCUGCUCUGCCCAUACCCGGUCGCUUCAUCGCCUCUCACAGCUGCAUGGUGGUACCUCAGGAUCCAGGCGAUGCUCCGGCUGCCGCGGGCCUCUCGUUGCUGGAGGAGGAGGAAGAGGAGGACGCGGAGCUUUUACUGAUGACCAGCUCGGUCAUGAUCCCUCUGACUUCGGCACAAGUCACCGCGGAGCAGAACGUGCUGCAGAUUUUCUUCUCUCACCUCGGCAACUGCUCGUAUGAUAAGGCCAAGGACCAUGUGGAGAAGGAGAAGGAAGGCAACAAGAGCGCCGGCGCCUCCUGGUCCCUAAUGCUGGUAGCCCUGGCUCAUCUGGCAGCUGCAGAAAAAGCCUAUCACAGCAUGAGCUUCCUGGGCCAGAAACAGGGUGGCCAGUCAUUUUUCAGCAGAAAGGAUUCCAUCAGAACUAACUAUACCUCAUUGUACAAUGAACUGAAGAAGGUCGUAACCACAGGCAGGAACGCAAUCGGUGGUACUGCUCCUCAUUUGGAAGAACUGCUUUCACAUCUUUCAGAACAGCUCUGCUACUUUGUUCAGGCUCACAUGGAAAUUGCAGACUUUUAUGAGAAAAUGUACACUUUAAGCAGUCAAAAGUUUAUAAACGCAGAAGAGCUGGUCAAUAUAUUGGAAGCCAUAUUAAAGAAGUAUAGCUCAAGGUUUCACCACCCUAUAUUGUCUCCAUUAGAAAGUGGAUUUCAGCUUGAAGUGGAUGUUCUCGCUCAUCUUUUAAAAGCACAGUUUUUAAUUUAUGAGUGGAAAUUCCUUCCUGCCUUGGUAAACUUGCACAAUGCCCACACCAAACUACAAACGUGGGGUCAAAUAUUUGAGAAGCAAAAGGAAACCAAGAAGCAUCUAUUUGGAGGGCAGUCUCAAAAGGCUGCACAACCCCCACAUCUUUUUCUGUGGCUCAUGAAAUUUAAGAACUUACUCCUGGCAAAAUUCAGCUUUUACUUCCACGAAGCUCUCAGCCGCCAGACGUCGGAGAUGAAGACUCUCACAGCUAAAACAAAUCCAGACUACUUUGGGAAAAUAUCCAGUUUCAUUAGAAAAUAUGAUGCAGUCAAUGUGUCUUUGAUGUAUGACACAAGGGGCUCUGAGAAUUUUCAGGGCCAUGGUUACCACCAUCCAGAUUCAUAUCGGGAAGCACCCAAAGGUGUGGACCAAUACCCAGCAGUGGUGUCUCUGCCCAAUGAUAGACCUAUAAUGCACUGGCCCAAUGUUAUUAUGAUUAUGACUGACAAGAGUGCAGACCUUAACACUUUGGAAAAGGUUGUCCAUUUCUAUGAUGACAAAGUUCAAAGCACGUAUUUUUUAACUCGUCCUGAGCCCAAUUUUACCAUAGUGGUUAUUUUCGAAUCAAAGAAAUCCGAGAGAGACUCUCACUUCAUCUCAUUUCUCAAUGAGCUUUCUCAAUCCCUUAAAGGUUCUAGAGCAUUUGCAAGCUUGAAGCCAGGCUCUAAAGUGUAGAAAGCCUACUGUAAUACAAUCACAAUUAGAUAAUACUCAAUCAGUCUGCCUGUAGCAGCAGCAAAAGGGCUACUGAGAUCUUUCUAGCAAGUCAUACACUUAGCCAGUAACAGAAUUUACUUAUAUACAGUAUUGUGUCAUAAGAAAACUGUAGCAAAUCCACUUAUGUUUUCCCCCUCAUUUAUUGUUUUUCAUUUAAUUUGACUUAUGCUGUCAUGGAUCUGCAACAGUUUUACUUUAUUUUAAUAUAUUGUGUUAUUUGUAUCUUGCUUACAACUUGUAAUCAACAUUUUAGGCCAUAUUUAAACUAAUAUUUUUUUUACUUAGCAAUGGGAUUUGACUAGUCGGAGUGAAGGUGAAUUGGAUCACAGGCACAUUAGAUGGUGGUUUAUGACUCUGGGUCAUUUCUUAACUUUGGUGCAAUCCACAGUGGCUCAUGGAGCAUCAUUACAUGUGUUCUCAACUCAAACUCAACACCCACACUUGUAUUCACAAGACCUUAUUUGGUAAAAAUCAAAGGUGAAAUAUCAGAGUAUUAAAUAUAGUUAGCUGCAUUCCAGGGAAGAGUGGUUCUUUCAUUUUCACUGGUGUAUUCAUGGACAAUGCCCUAUGCUGUUAGCCAGACACAAAUGUCAGCUUGUAGAAACUGGCAAGUUUUGAUAUGAAUAGUUGCUGGCUGAUCAUUUUAAGUGUAAAGACUGAUUCACUAGCUGCUGUUGGCUUCAGUGGAAUGAAUACAUUUAUGGCAAAGACUAGUUCUUUUGUAGAAUAGCAUAAUAUCUUUACUUGAAACAUUUGUUAAUUUCCCUGUUCCGGUGGUGCUGCAACUAAUUGAAAAUAAUCUAGCUGCUGAGUGUUGCUUUUUUUUUUUUUACACAAAUACUGUGGAUCUGUAACUUUUAUAGCCAUCUACAACCAUAUAUUAAAUAUAGCUAAACCCA